AUGUCGCUGACUGAUCCCGCAUCCCGUAUUGGAGGCGGCUCUAUGGCCGGCGACCUCCACGCGCUGUUGGUCUCACCUCAAACAAAGAACUCAGCCUCACAUUCGGAAUAUGCGGGUGGUCAGUUCCACAAAAUUCAUGUCGGUAAUGCGGUCGUGCUUGUCAAAUGGAUAGUUGUGUGGCCGUCUGAAUCCCUCUACACUGUAGCGGCGGCCAGCAUGCUGACUUCCUGGCUUCCAUGGUUAUCCAUUGAGGAAGUUAUCAGCUUUCAUAUAUGA